AUGGACUUCUCUCUGGGCCUACGCUUGGGGCCUCGGAAUAAGAAGGCUACCUAUCAGGAGCCCCCUCCGCCCUCUGGGCCUCCAGCUACCUCUCCCUGCUUAUCCUGUCCCCCUUCCACCUGUGCCUGCCCCUGUCCCAGCUGUCCCCCUCCCACCUGUUUCUGCACUGCCUGUCCCUCAUAUACCUGCCCUUCUUGCCCAGGCCUUCCUGGCCCACCCUGCACCUGCUCUUGCUCUCCUUGCCCUACCUGUCCUCCCUCAACUUGUCCCCAUACCUACUGCGUCCCCUGCUCAAGUCCACCUAUGACCUACUGCCAGCACUCGCCUUGCCCCAUUUACCCUUGUCCCACAGGCCAGACUGCCUGUGGGAGCUCCCACCUGGGCUGCAGCAGCAGCUGCAGUUAUGGCCGUGGUACUGCUUGGAGGCCUCGGGGCUCCACAGGCCGCUGUAGUUUCUGCUUCAGGAGACAGAGGGCUUCUCAAGGACUCUGUCUGAUAAUCUAG